GAUGGCGGACGCAGAAGAUCCAUUUGAAUCUCUUUUAUUUUUAGAGGAAAACUGCCAUAAAGAUGGCUAUAAUGAAGGAUGGAUCGUAGGUCAAGGGAAAGGUCUUUCAGUUGGACGAGGUCUUGGUAUUGAUAAAGGCAAAGAAAUUGGCUCUGAGAUUGGUUAUUAUUCUGGAUUCGUUUCAACUUGGCUUCUUCUCAUAGACAAGUCUGACAAGAAGGGUGCAAGGGUUAAUACUCAGCUUCAAAACCUGAACUCCUUAAUCGACCAGCUGUCAAUCACAGAUCCCACUGAUGAAAAUCUCUUUGCUAAUAUUGAGAAAGUGAGAGCCAAGUUUAAGAAGAUCAUCUCUCUCCUUGGAGUCAGCCCUGAGGGUAGAACUCAAGAAACAGAGAUGCUUUCUUUUUGAAUACAAAAUAUAUAUACUGCUCUUGUAUAGCACCUUGCAACAUUUCAGAAAAAUUUCAAAACCAUUUUCGUUAGUAACGAAAAAAACUCCGUAAAAACGCACCAAACUGGCUUCAAAAUCAGCAAAACAUCAAAAGAUACAACAAGCUAUCCAGGAAAGUCGUUUUUAUUCUUAGAAGUACUAAUUUUCCACGCUACAAAAUAUUACUGUUAACACUCAAAACAAGAGAUUGGGCUGCCUGUGAUAUGUAACUACAGUAUUGGGAUCCCUGCGGUUUUAUUUCGAAAGCUAGGUUUGGGAUACCUGUGGAGUUAUUUUAGGCCCUGACUUCCGGUUGACAGGACGGUCUACCAGUCAAUUUGUAGAGAGAAGUAAAACAAAAUGCUAUCUCUAAAUAUUCUGAACUAUGUGGUCAUUGUCAGCAGUAUUGCCAUUUUGGUUUUCGCAAGAGCUAGUACCAUUAACAAUGGCAAGAGUUCACGAGCACGUUUGGUUGAAAAGAUGAAAACCGAUGCACAAAACCACGGCGACAUCGCGGAGAGGAUCAUCAAAUUCAUCACUUCGGGACCAGCAAAGCACCAAGUAUACGACAGGCUGGCUACUUUUACUGAUACUUUUGGCAAUAGAAUAGCGGGCUCACAAAACCUAGAGAAUGCUAUUGAUUAUAUGCUAGAAGAAUUAAAGAAAGAUGGUUUGGAAAAUGUCCAUGGCGAGAAUGUGAAAGUGCCGCACUGGGUUAGAGGAAGUGAAUCAGCCACGAUGCUUAGCCCGAGAAGAUAUUCCAUGAAUAUCUUAGGACUUGGAUCGAGCGUUGGAACCCCGCCAGAAGGGAUUACUGCCGAUGUCUUGGUCGUGAAAUCAUUUGACGAGCUAAAAACUAGAGCGAAAGAGGCCGAAGGAAAGAUAGUUGUCUUUAAUGAAGAGUUCGUAUCAUAUGGAGAAACUGUUUCCUAUCGAGAUUUUUCCGCUGUUCGCACUGCAGAGGUUGGUGGCGUGGCCUCUCUCAUAAGGUCCGUGGCUCCAUUUUCAAUCAACAGCCCACACACAGGAUGGCAGGACUAUAGUAAAGGUGUAAAGAAAAUCCCAACAGCUUGCAUUACAAUAGAAGAUGCUGAGAUGUUGGGAAGGAUGGCGGCCAGAGGAACCAAGAUUACAAUCAACCUGAAAAUGGAAGCAAAGACCCUCCCGCCUGUUACAUCCAGAAAUACUGUGGCUGAGAUUGUUGGUAGCAAAUAUCCUGAUCAGGUUGUAUUGGUCAGCGGUCACCUCGAUAGCUGGGAUGUUGGUCAAGGUGCAAUGGAUGACGGCGGUGGGGCAUUCAUCUCGUGGCAAGCUCUGUCCGUCAUCCGCCAACUAAAACUCCGUCCCAAGCGCACCCUUCGUAUGGUGAUGUGGACCGGAGAAGAAGAGGGGUAUUUUGGGGGUUUACAAUAUUACAAUGUCCACAAGGUCAAUAUCAGUAAUUUUGAUCUCGUAAUGGAGUCCGAUAUCGGGACAUUCAAGCCACUGGGAUUAGACUUUAAUGGAUCUGCUGAUGCAGUCGAAGUGAUGAAAGAAGUGUUGAAGCUUCUCAAGCCGAUUAAUGCCUCGAUGUUGAACCCUACGAAUGUAGGCGGAGACAUAACUAAUUGGGUGAAAAAUGGCGUUCCCGGCGGGAGUCUGUCUAACCAGAAUGAUAAAUACUUCUACUUUCAUCACACUGACGGUGAUACUAUGACGGUGCUGAAUGCAGAUGAGCUGGACUUGUGUGCUGCAUUAUGGGCCGUGGUGGCGUAUACAGUUGCUGAUAUGGAAGACAUGUUACCUAGGUGAUACGAUGCUGCCCCAUACCCCCCCCCCCAUCACCACCACACCCACACACACCACUUCACUUUUGACUACUAAAACAACCUUAAAAUCGAUUAUUGUAUUGUGAUCCAUAGCGUCAUGACACGUGUGUGACAUUAGAGGAUCAUGCAAUUAGGUUGCUAGGACACAGCCCCGUCACGGUCACGCCACGUUUGAUUACAAACUUUUUUUUACAGCAAUUUGACAAAUUCUUUCUUUAAUCCUAGAGAUAGAGCUAAAAAUCGACUAUUUAAAAAUGAUAUUUUGGAGAAUUUUUCUAUCAUCGGUUUUGACGUCAACUUGACGAUGUUAUGACGUCAACCGCGUGCAUUAAAAACUGGUGUUAGGAUUCAUGCAGAAAAGUAAUAGUUUUUCGUUAAGUUGAAACUGAGUUUACUUAUACAUCUAUUAAUUUAGCGCUUUUUCCUUAAUUCAAAUUCAAAUUCAAAUCGAUUAUUUAUACCCAUCGUAAUUCAUUAUUUUCUUACGAAAUAAAAAAACAACAACAGAAAAA